AAUUCGGUACGUCGCCAAUGUAAACAAAAGACAAAGCAGUGUUUUUACAUUUAUAAAAUAAAAUAGACUAGAACGCGGUAGAGCUGGUAGAACAAAUAUGCCAAAUAAAUUAAAAUAUUUCAUUUUAACCGGCGACCCGGGAGUUGGAAAAACAACACUUACGAAAAAGCUAUGUGAAGCAAUUCAAAUGUUGGGUACACAAGCUUCGGGCUUUUACACAGAAGAGAUUAGAAAAGACGGUAUUCGUUUGGGAUUUGACGUAGUGACAUUGGAAGGAGAACGGGGCCGGCUGGCGAGAGACCAGAGCUUAUUGACAGAGCCAGUGAAGUACAAUGUUGGGAAAUAUGGAGUGCUGGUGCCUGAGUUUGAAAGUAUCGCCCUGUAUAGUAUGAGAAAGCUAUCCCCGCCAUUGCUUCUAGUAAUAGACGAGAUAGGUAAAAUGGAGUUUUUCAGCGCGCCGUUCAAAUCCAAGGUUAAGGAGGUAUUCAGCCCAGGUUCCGACUGCUUUGUAUUGGCCACUAUACCAAUUAGGAAGGUAGAUCCGCUCAUCGAGUCUAUAAGGAGUAAUAAGGACGGGAAAGUUUGGGUGGUGACAAGGGAAAACCGGAACCACAUUCAUGAUGAAAUAUUAAAGGAAAUAAAAUUAUCACUAGAGAUUUCAUAGUUAAAAGUUAAGAUACAGACGAUACAGUGCUUUAAAUGAGUAUUAGGUAAUUAACUGCGUACCUAUUGUGUAACUGAUAGUUUAAUAAAAUGUUUUUUGAUUGUUAA